AUCAUUCCCUCUCCCUAUUUAUAUUCUCUCUUCCCACCCUGAAACUCCAUGAUAGGAAGAGAGAGAAUCAACCUGUAUAUACCGCUAAACCGAUGCCAUUUGGGGGAGACCGAUAGAGAAUAACACAACUACAACAACACCAACGUUUCUUGUACAAAGUUUCGCUUUUUUCUUUACCAUAUUUAGCGGUGGGGGUUUGAUCGGGGUUUUCAAUUCCAUUCCGUGUCUUUGAGUUUCUCUGCUUUUUAAUUUGGGGAGAACGAAGGCUCCAGAACAGGCAUUUUUGGAAAGUUUUUGAGAAUUUGUGUCCUCAUGAUUUCCGGUGACUAUUAUAACUCUAAGAAGAGAGACGAUAUAUGUGAAGAUGUUUGCGGCCAGCAGGAUUACCCGGGGGUACCGACCAUGUCAAGAGUAAGGUGCAUGCUCCGAGGAUUGGAUUUAAGGAGUAUUAUCUUUUUGUUUGUAGUUGUUCCAACAUGUGUGCUCGGUAUAUAUGUACAUGGACAGAAGAUUUCCUAUUUCUUCCGGCCACUUUGGCAGUCUCCUCCUAAGCCAUUCAUUCAUGUAACUCACUAUUAUCAUGAGAAUGUGUCGAUGGAGACUCUCUGCAAGCUACAUGGUUGGGGAAUUCGUGAAUAUCCAAGGCGUGUCUUUGAUGCAGUUCUUUUCAGUAAUGAAGUAGACAUGCUUGCAAUCAGGUGGCAAGAAUUGUAUCCGUACAUUACACGUUUUGUUCUCCUUGAAUCAAACUCAACGUUUACUGCUUUGCCCAAACCCCAUGUUUUUGCAAUGAACCGGGAAAAGUUUGAAUUUGUUGAGCCUCGCUUGACUUAUGGAACAGUUGCGGGUAGGUUUAGGAAGGGUGAAAAUCCAUUUGUUGAGGAGGCAUAUCAGAGAGUAGCGCUUGACCAGCUUUUGAGAAUAGCGGGUAUAGAAGACGAUGAUUUGCUCAUAAUGUCUGAUGUUGAUGAGAUCCCCAGCAGGCACACAAUUAACCUUCUACGAUGGUGUGAUGAUAUUCCCCCAGUUUUACAUCUUCAGUUGAGGAAUUAUUUGUACUCUUUUGAAUUUUUAGUUGAUCAGAGCAGCUGGAGAGCUUCUGUUCAUAGGUAUCAGAGUGGAAAGACUAGGUAUGCACACUUUCGUCAAACUGACUACGUUUUAGCAGAAUCUGGUUGGCACUGUAGCUUUUGUUUCCGCCACAUAAGUGAUUUUAUAUUCAAGAUGAAAGCUUACAGCCACACUGAUCGGGUAAGGUUUUCACAUUUUCUUGACCCCAAAAGGAUUCAAGACAUCAUUUGCAAAGGGGCAGAUUUGUAUGACAUGAUUCCAGAGGAAUAUACUUUCAAGGACAUUAUUGGGAAAAUGGGCCCUAUUCCUCAUUUUUAUUCUGCAGUUCAUCUUCCUUCUUAUUUACUGAACAAUGCUGAUAAGUACCAAUAUCUUCUACCCGGAAAUUGCAAAAGAGAAGCUGGUUAAGUUUGUAUUCUACAGUGAGGCAUUAUUUCUUGACAUGGGAGGUUUAUGUUGCACCAUGAUGAUAUUUUAUCAUGCACUUGCUGACUGGUGUGGAUGUAUUCUGAGUCAUAGUACCUUAAUCUCCGACAAAACUUAGGUUAUUUUUGAAGGGAAACACGUGGAUUUCUUGGUCAGUCAGUUCUUUAACUGUGUUGCUGGGUAGCGAUUAUUUGACAUGCUUACAGGCCAAUGGCUUACAAAUUCUUCAAGUGAGGAUCUUGCUUAGGGAAGGAAGUCUCAUUUAGUGUUUAGAGAAACUUGCUUACAUUUCCCAUAUUUCAGACCAGAUCAUAACUUAAAUGACACUUCUCUCACUUUUUUUUUGGUAGCAGGAAAUUUUUUGUUUCCCCUAUUUUCCUAGAGAGUAACAUGUAUUCCUAUUAUAAAUUGUGCUCAAGUUCUGUUUGAAACUGUCUUUUGUGUGAAUGUAAAUUCUUAUGUAAAUUGUCAAUGGAUUUUGAACUUAGGCUACUGUUUCUUGA